AUGUGGUCCAACAACGUUCUGUUGAGCCUCGCGAUGUCGUUUGCGACGGCAAAGGCAGCCGAGCAUGGUGACCUGUCCCAGUAUGCCCUGACCGAUACGGGAUCCAUCAAGAACGGAAAUACAUUCCCUGGCGUUGCCCGACCUCUGGGUAUAGUCAAGCUAGGCCCUGACCUGUACAAUGGAUUCGACGCUUACUCGGGCUACAAGGAGGACGGAAAGUUCACCGGGUUUACCAUGCUACAUGAGAGCGGCACUGGCGGUGCCCCCAAGUACGGUGUCGUGUCCCAGAUGCCUGUUGUCGGCAGCAUCGACAACCCCCUCAGCGACGCCAUCAACGACACGCGGGCCGCCCGCGACUAUACCGAGGUCGGCUACUACAAGGCUUCGCUGGGCUCCGGGACGAUCCUCGAGAUGGCUGCCACGGGAAAGGCCGGCAUCUACAAUUACACCUUCCCGUCUACCAACCAAACCAAGAAUAUCCUCGUCGACGUCUCGCACGUUCUGUCCUCGUACCGUGGCCAAGGCCUCGAGCAGCACUUCCUGGGCGGCAACAUCUCCGUCCACGAAGAUACCAGCGACGGCUCUGGAAACCUGUACUAUACUGGGCAUGGAACCUACGAUAAUGGCUGGAAUCGUGCUGCCCCUUGGACCGUAUACUUUUGCGGCAAGUUUAAUCAGCCUGCUACGUACCGGACCUUCAUCGGCCAGGACAUGACUUCGGACACCCUCGUCGAAUACUCCGAUAAGCCGACCUACACGUCAAAGACUGCUCGUCUUGGCGUCGUCUUCACCUUCAAGACGGUGUCCGUUGCAUCCAGAGUUGGUGUCUCUUUCAUCUCCGCGGACCAGGCCUGCCGCAAUGUCGAAGACGAGAUCCCUGCGGAGGCUACCCUCUCCGAGGUUCGUGACGACACAAAGGCAGCCUGGAACACGCAGGUCUUCAACAAGGUCAUCACCACCGAGACCAACACCACCAAGCUCAACCAGCUCUACUCGGCCCUCUACUUUAUGCACCUUCUCCCCACCAACAAGACGGGCGAGAAUCCUCUCUGGCAGUCGGAUGAGCCCUACUACGACGACAUCUUUACCUUUUGGGACAUUUACCGCUCCCUCACCCCGCUCCUCCACAUUAUCCAACCCACGUACUACGAGGAGUUCAUCCGCUCUAUGAUCGACGCCUGGCGCCACACCGGAUGGGUGUCCGACGCGAGGUCUUCCUUCAGCAACGGCGCCGUCCAGGGCGGUAGCAACGGCGACAACGUCUUCGCUGACGCCUUCAUCAAAGGCGUCAGAGGCAAGGUCAACUGGGACGACGCCUAUUCUGCCAUGGUCAAGAACGCCGAGGUCGUGCCCGUCAACAACAACGACGCGCGCGACCUGUCCGGUUCGACCAAGGAGGGACGCAGCGCUCUGCCCGACUGGCUUAGCCUGGGCUACAUCACCCCUCGCUUCGGUCGUUCCGUCAGCAGGGCCGUGGAGUACUCCGUCAACGAUUUUUCCCUGGCCAUUGUGGCCGCCGGCCUCGGUCGCGAUGACGACUUCGACAAGUACUACAAGCGGUCUCAAAACUGGCGCAACCACUGGAACGAGAACAUGACGACGAACGGGGUGAGCGGCUUCGUCGGCCCCCGUGAUGAGACUGGUUUCAUCAGCCAGGACCCCCUGAACUGUGGCGGCUGCUACUGGACCGAUGCCUACUACCAGGGAAAGCCGUGGGAGUACUCGUUCAACGCGCACCACGACGUCGGCACCAUUGUCGACUAUGUCGGCGGCGCGGCCAAGUUCGUCGAGCGUCUCGAGCUCACCUUCAAGGAGGGCAUGGUCAGUGACAAUGCUGAGUACGGCUACACGAUCUUCAACCCGGGCAACGAGCCCAGCUUCACCACCCCCUACCUGUACGCCUACGCCAACCGCCAGGACCUGUCCGUCCAGCGCAGCCGCCACGUCGCCAAAUCCUACUAUGCGCCCACCCCGGCCGGCCUCCCCGGGAACUCGGACGCCGGGGCCAUGGAGUCCUGGCUCCUCUGGAACAUGAUCGGCCUGUACCCCAUGACCGGCCAGCCCUACUUCUACAUCGGCUCCCCUUGGUUCUCCGACCUCACCAUCGAUCUCGGGGCCGGCAAGAAGCUCGAGGUCACUACCAAGGGCGGCAGCGAGGCCGAAUUCUACGUCCAGAGUCUCGAGGUCAACGGCAUAGCCUGGAACAAGUCAUGGCUCACGUGGGACGACGUCUUCGCCAACGGAGGCUCACUCGACUUCGUCCUCGGUGCCACGCCUGCCAACUGGACCACUGGUCCUGUCCCUGCCAGCCCUGCUUCCUUAUCCCGCGAGGAGUCCCGUAAGCUCGUCUCGUCUUGGUCUUCUUCCAAAUGA